CAGUAGUAGCUGUCAAAAAGCUUAUACAUAAUACAUUGACGUGAUUUUACUGCAUUUAUGUGACUGAGACCGUGCUGUAGGGUCAUUGCCGAUAUCAAAAAUAUCAAUACUAGUUAUCCUUGGCUUCAUAAAUCAGUCAAUUAGACUUGGCUUGGCUAAUACAUAGCAGUAACUUUCAGUGCUGUAGAAAUCUUUCAUUAACCCACAAGAAAUAUUUCCCGUAUAAAUAUGGCCACCGUUGAGAAAAUAUCCACCGAGCAAAAAGCUAAUCCUAUCAAGUCUCUUAUUACGGGUGGAUUUGGUGGGAUUUGCAAUGUUUUGUCUGGUCAUCCACUAGACACAAUAAAGGUGCGUUUGCAAACAAUGCCGCGGCCGGCGCCUGGUGAACAGCCAAUGUAUAAAGGCACCUUUGAUUGCGCUGCGAAAACCAUAAAACAGGAAGGCGUGCGUGGUUUAUACAAGGGCAUGUCCGCCCCUUUGACAGGUGUUGCUCCUAUUUUUGCAAUGUGUUUUGCUGGCUACGCGUUGGGAAAACGUCUCCAACAACGGGGAGAAGAUGCUAAGCUAUCAUACUCUCAGGUCUUUGUUGCCGGCUCGUUCUCUGGCCUGUUCUCCACCUUGAUAAUGGCACCCGGAGAGCGCAUAAAAGUGUUAUUGCAAACGCAGCAGGCGUCAGGAGGUCAGCGCAAAUACAAUGGAAUGAUUGAUUGCGCGGGAAAGCUGUAUAAGGAGGGAGGCCUACGCAGCGUUUUUAAGGGCAGUUGUGCAACAAUGUUAAGAGGGCAAAUAUUUUUUAACUUGUCACUUUGACAGAUAAAAUCUUAGGCUAGACGUGAUAUAAAAACAACAAGAUAACGAUCCCAAGCAUACAGCUCAAAAUAUCAAGCUCUGGUUGCUGUAUAACGUGAAAAAUCAACUGAAAACACCGCCACAGUCUCCAGACCUGAACCCCAUCGAGCACCUGUGGGAUUUAUUGGAACGCAGAAUUAGGCAGCACUCAAUUACAUCCAAAGCAAUGCUAAAAACCAUAUUGCAGCAGGAAUGGGACCAAAUAGCCGAAGCUGAGACUGAGAAGUUGGUUAAUUCUAUGCCAAGACGUCUCGCCGAAGUCCUAAAACGGAAAGGUUAUCCAACCUCAUAUUAAAUUGCGAUAAAAUGGUCAAUAAAUGCAACUAUAUUCAGCUGUACGCAAACUUUUGAAAGCAUGUUAUUUUAGAGGGUUUUGGCGAAACACGAAUUAUAGGGGUACCAAAGAAGAUAAAAAUUUUCUAAAAUAUGGAAUAUGAAGGUAAUUGCUACGACUAUCCGUAACAAAAAUCAUAAUGUU